GAGUUUGUGAGUCGGCUGUAAUGUGUCGUUCAAGCACCUGCGGUUGAACCUUAUUGUAGCUUCAGUCGCCCUCGCGAUCUGCCGUGUUCCCUAACUGCUUCUCCAUUUGAAACAACAGCGUUGGGGAGCUGCUUAUCACUCCUGCAUACCUGGUCGUUUCUGCUUAUCUGGUCGAUAGCGUCACUCCCUUUUCACAUUCGAGCUGAUUUUCCUUCGUCGCUCUCUCCCAUGUAGACUUUCGCGUAGUAAAGGCUAAUUUGACAGCUAUCGCUGCCUGUCAUUCCCCUUGAUUCGCCGCUGAAACCAUGCCGAGCCGACCAGGAACAUCCACAAUGGGUGUCGGUAGAACCGGUGCAGGUCGAACGGCUGUCGGAAGGACCGGUUUCAGCAGGACGCACGCUCACCGGCGAGCGUGCCAGCUCAGCACGGAGAUCCACACGCUAUUGGCUGUCAUGCGCCAGAGCUCCAAAUGGGCCGUGUCGCCCAUUUUCCUCGACGAAACUUCCGGCGCGGACGCCGAAGAUCCGCUGCUACGCAAUCUUAAAGACCUAAGGCAGAAGAUCGUCACCGAUUGGUCGGACGACGACUGGGAGGCGGCUCGCGUGCCGCCUUCUGCGUACCUGGUGCCGUUCCUCGACGUUGUGCGAUCUGAACGAACUAACACGAUAGUUACCAGCGUCGCAUUGUCGUCAAUCCUGAAGAUUCUCAAUCUGCAGUUCUUCGAUCAGUCGACGCCGGGAGCGGCGGUGGGGAUUCACAUGGUGAUGGAUGCAGUGACGUCAUGUCGGUUCGAGGUCACUGACCUAGCGUCAGAGGAAGCCGUUCUUGUGAAGAUCCUUCAGGUUCUCUUGGAAACGGUUCGCAGCCCAGCAGGCCCGCUGCUGUCUGACCGCCACAUGUGCAGCAUCGUCAACACGUGCUUCCGAGUGCUCCACCAGGCCGCCUCCAAAUCCCACCUCCUGCAGCGCCUCGCCUGCCAAACGCUCCUCGACAUGGUCCGGGAGAUUUUUGGGCGGCUGCCCGAGCUGCCCGCGAGCGAGGAGGAUGGGGAGCUGGGCGAGGGCGAGGCGACGCAGGGGACGAUGGAUAGCACCCCGUUCUCGCCCAGGGUGGAGGCGAGGGAGGGCGGGAUGGAGGAAGGGAAGGACGGGGGGCUGGAGCUGGGGGGUGCAACGGUGGAGGAAGCGGAGGGAGGGGAGGGCAGAGACGCCGUGAACGCCGAACAGGCUGAAGCAGCCCCCACGACAAUAGGAGCAGCAGGAGGGUUAACCACCAUGCCAACCACCGGCAGAGCGAGCAGCAGCAGCACUGGCAGCGAACCACACUCCAUCCCCACUGCCAACGGCCUCCCCCCCACCUCAGCCUCGGCAACCCCCAAACCUUCCCAUCCCACCGACCCUAAUGAACAGCCUCGGGGACAGGGGAACGUCAGCAGAGGCGAGGCCGGCGAGGAGGGGGAGGAGGAAGACGGGGAGCGAGCAGGCAGCAACCCUAACAAUGCCUCUCUGGCGUCCCUGGGUCGGCCCCAUGGGGUGGCAUGUGCAGUGGAGGUCUUCCACUUCCUCUGCUCGCUGCUUGGUCUAGAGGACCACCAGUCGGCUCUCUUCGCCUCGGGCAUGCUAGCAGAUGACGAUGUGUCGCUGCUGGCGCUCAGCCUUAUCUCAGCUGCUCUGGAGCUCGCUGGCCCCUCGGUUGUGAGGCACCCGCGGCUGCUGUCGCUCAUUCAGGACGAGCUCUUCCGCUCGCUGCUGCAGCUGGGGCUCUCCCCCAACCUCCUUGUCCUCUCGCAGGUCCUGGCCAUAGUGCAAACGCUGUUCCACUCCGCUCGCCCCCACCUCAAGCUGCAGCUAGAGGCCUUCUACACCUGCGUCCUCGGCCGUCUUGUCGGCACAGCCGGAAAGUUCACAGCCACGUCCUUCGCCCAGCAGGAAGCUGCCCUGGAAGCCCUCCUAGACUUCUGCCGCCUGCCCGAGUUCGCCGUGGAAACUUUUGCCAACUUUGACGCGGACCUGACGUGUGCGAAUUGCCUGGAGGAGCUCUCGGGGUUGCUGUCCCGGGCAGCUUUCCCAGUGAACACACCGCUCUCGUCGCUCCACGUGCUGGCGAUGCAGGGGCUGCUGGCGGUGGUGCACCAUAUGGCGGAUCGGGCAAAUACCGCCGCUGCUGCUGCUGCUGCUGCUGCUGCUGCUGGCUCUGCUGCUACCGCUGGUGUUGCUGCUAGUGCUGGUGCUGGUGCUGGUGUUGCGGCGCCAAACCCAUUGCUGCUGCCAGGUUCGGCAGUGCCGGCAGCGCCAGAGCUGAAGAUAGCCUCGGAGAACGGAGCCAUGUGGACGCAGGCUCGGGAGAUGGUUGCUGCUGCGUUAGCUGCUGCUGCUAUUGCUGGGGCAGGCGAGGGGGCGACAGGCAUGCUAGUGGACGUGUCAGCAUCUGCAGACGGAUUUCAGCGGCAGAUUCCUUCUCAGCAGCAGCAGCAGCAGCAAGCAGGCCAGAAUCAGAACCAGCAGCAGCAGCAGCUGUUGCUAGUGGAGGUGGUGCGGCAGCAGAGGUCGAUCAAGCGACGGCUCCUCAUCGGCGUGGAGCAUUUCAACCGGGACUCCAAGAAAGGCCUCCAGUUCCUCCAAUCCUCGGGCCUCCUCCCCCCCCAUCCCGACGCCCGCGCCGUCGCCUGCUUCCUCCGCUUCACACCGGGACUUAACAAAACUCUGGUGGGGGACCUGCUGGGGGGGCAUGACGAGUUCCACGUCCGCGUUUUAGGGGAAUUCGCUAAGCUGUUUGACUUUGAGGGGAUGGCGCUGGAUGCGGCGCUGAGGACGUUCUUAGAGGGGUUCCGGCUGCCUGGGGAAGCGCAGAAGAUCUCGCGGGUGCUGGAGGCGUUUGCGGAGCGGUACUAUGAGCUGGCGCCCGCGGCUUAUGGGUUUGCCAACCAUGACGUGGCGUAUGUGCUGUCGUACUCUGUCAUCAUGCUCAACACGGACCUCUAUAACGGACAGGUGCGGCGCAAGAUGACAGAGGAAGAGUUUAUCCGCAACAACAGGAAAAUCAAUGAUGGCAAGGACCUCCCUAGGGAGCUCCUCUCAGACCUGUACCACGCCAUCGCACGCAACGAGAUCAAGAUGUCCUCCGACGUCUCCCUCUCCUCCUCCUCCGCCUCCGCCUUCCCCGAGAUGAAUCUCAGCCGCUGGCUCGGGCUCAUCCGACGGUCGCCAACUGCUGUGCCGUACAUUCUCGCUGCCAGUGCUGAGCCUGAUCUUUUCUCUUCUGCUGCUGCUGCUGAUGGUUUUGGUAUUGGUUCUGGUGCCGGUGCUCCUGCUGGUGCUGGUAGUGGUGCAAGUGGUGCUGGAGAUGGGGAGGGAGGAGCAGACGGGAGGAGUGCAGCUGGCAUAGGAGAGAGGGCCAGCACCGAGUCUCUCUCAAACUCCUCAGCCCAUGUCGCCAUCGAUCAAUCUCUCGACCCUGCCACUCCCGCAUUCCUCGCUUCAGAAUCCCUCCCCCCUGCCCCCCCUCUCUUACAGUCCUCCUCCCCCCCGCGCCCCUCCCCCCCAUCCAAGCACCUCUCCACGCUCUCCCCGCCUCUCUCCAACCUCUCCCUCCCCCCCUCCUCCUCCUCCCUCUUCCUGCUUCAACUAGACAGGGACGUGUUUGCAGUGGUGGCAGGCCCAGCCAUAGCCGCCAUAUCCGUUGUCUUCGACCACACAGAAGACGACGAGAUGCUGCUCCGCUGCUGCACCGACGGGUUUUCCGCCGCUGCUGACGUGGCGGCUUUUCACGGGUUCUCGGGCGCGCUGGACGAUCUAGUGGUCUCCCUCUGCCGCUGCACCACGCUUCGAUUGAACCCCUCCGGAUCGCUGCCAAGUGGCGCAGAUCUAGUGGACAACGCAGCUGCAGUGGCGUUUGGAGAGGAUACCAAAGCCAGGCUUGCUGCGGUGACUGUGUUUGGUUUGGCAAACAGGCACGGGGGGGUGGUCCGGGGAGGGUGGCGGAACCUACUCGAUUGUGCGGUGAGGCUGCAUAAGCUGGGACUGCUGCCUGCUCGUGUUAUUAACGAGGCAGAGGAUACAGAGGAUGGGGCGUUCACGGGGGGGUUAUACGCCUCUCCACAGCCCCAAUACCCCCAGCAGCAGCCGCAGCAGCAGCAGAUGGGAAUCAGCCCCACCCCGUCCUCCUCCACCAUUUCAACCACCACUGCUUCCACAUCAACCCUAGCAAUCACCAGCCCAGCAGCAGCUGCAGCGCGAAAGAAAGGAGCAGCAGGCAGCAGCGGGGGCGGCGGCGGCGGGCUGAUGCUCCGCUUCUCCCAACUCCUCCUCCUCGAUUCUGACGACGACUACUCCUACGGCGGCGCCAGCUCAGCGCAGCCCACAGAGCGCCAGGUGGCGGCGCGGCAGCGCACGGAGGAGGCGGUAGGGGCGUGCAGAAUCGAGGAUCUGUUUCGAUCAACGGCUGAGAGGCUGCAGCCGGAGGCACUGAUGCAUCUGGUGAGGGCGAUAGUGUGGGCUGCAGGGAGGCCGUUUAGGGGCGCGCUGGGGAUGGGGCCUGGGGGCGCUGGUGGGGGGAGUGCUGGUGGGGCGGGGGCGGGUGGUGCUGCUGGUGGGGGUGGGGUGGGGGGAAGAGGAGGCGGAGGUGGAGGAGGAGGAGCAGGAGGAGGGGGAGGAGGAGGGGGUGCUGGUGGGACCCCGGUGGGGGGGAGUGGAGGAGGGGUGGUUGUUGGCCCUCUCUCCCCUGACGAGGAGGACACUGCCGUUUUCUGUCUCGACCUCCUCUUAGUGGUAACCCUACGUAACCGCUUGCGUGUGCUGCUCAUCUGGCCGACCCUCUCCUCCCAGCUCGCGAUCAUCAUGCAGUCGGCCAAUGCCGGGCCGCCACCUGGCCCUCUGGUCGAACGAGCCGUCUUCGGCCUCCUCCGUCUCUGCCGAAAGCUGCUUCCAGAGGCGGACGAAACCCUAGCAGACGAGCUUCUGAGGUCGCUCCAGCACGUGUUGAGACUCGAUGCCAGGCUGGCAGACGCGCUCUGUGAGCGGAUCACGCAGGGCGUGCUGAGAAUCGUGCGGGAGGGCCGGCAGAGUGGGGCGCUGAGGAGAGUGAAAUCCCCCCCCGGGUGGAGAACCCUGGCUGCGCUGCUGGCUAUCACAGCCAGGCAUCCUGACGCUGCUGCUCCUGGCUUUGAAGCCUUGUCUUGGCUCAUGGCUCCCAUCCCCCCUGGUGCUGUUGCUCCCGGUGCUGCUCCUGCUGCUCUCGCCUCUGCGUUCUCUGGGGAUUUUGCUGCUGCUGGUGGGGGGGAGGACUAUGGGGAGGUGUGCACCGAUGGGCCUCCCUGUGUGUCUCCGUGUAACUUCAUCCCGUUCCUCGAUGCGGCUCGAGAUUUUGCCGAGGCUCGGGUGGGAGGCUCGGACCGGUCCAAGCGGGCGCUGGACCUGCUGGGAUGCUUGAUUGACUGCUUGCUGGAGUGGAGGGCGGCAGGGGAGGUGGAGCAAGCAGCAGAGGCGGAACGAGCAGCAGCAGCUGUGGCAGCAGCAGUAGCAGGUGGUACGGGCGAGGGUGACGGUACAAGUGAUGCGCUUUCAGGUGUGAAUUCCGGUGCGUUUUCCCCACAACAACAACCGCCCUUGUCAGCUGCUGCUGCUGCUGCGGGCCUCUCUCCUCAGAUGAGCCCCAUACCCGGAUCAGCAGCAGCAGCAACACCAGGAGGGGGAGGUGCAUCUGGAGCAGGUCGCUUCUCAGGCCAGGACUUAGCCGACCUGUGGCUGCGUCUUCUGCACGCGCUGCGCCGCGUGUGCUCGGACCAGCGGGAGGACGUGCGCAACCACGCGCUCAUCUGGCUGCAGCGCUGCCUCCUGGCCGCCGACCCCCUGCGCAUGCCCCCUCCCAUGUGGGCGCCCUGCUUCGACCAGGUGGUAUUCAUCCUGUUAGAUGAUCUUCUAGAGGUCCAUCUGAGGGAGAAGCCCAAGGAGUAUCGGGGCAUGGAGGCGUCGCUGCUGCGGGCGAUCAAGACGCUCUCCAAGGUGUUUCUGCAUUUUCUGGGCAGCCUGGCCUUGCUGCCAGGCCCGGGGUUCCGAGCCUUGUGGCUCGGCGUGCUGCUUCGGAUGGACCGGUAUAUGAGGGCUGGAGGGAGCGGGGGCGGUGGGGGGAGGAGAGGAGGGGGGGGAGGAGGGGAGGGGAGAGGAGGUGGUGGGUCGGGUGAGUCUUUGAGAGAGAGUGUGGGGGAGGUGCUGAAGAACAUGCUCAUGGUGAUGCUGGCACAGGGGGUGUUACAGGUCACUGACGCAUCAGACACCGAGAGCCUGUGGAGCGCCACGUGGCGCGCUGUACACGCCAUGCUGCCGCACUUAAAGCCCGAAACGCUCGUGCCUCCUGCACCGGUUGCACCUGCGCCCACAGCGGCAGCGGUUCCUGCUGCUGCUGCAGGGAUGGAGGGGCAGCAAGCAGCCGCAUCUGCAGGAGGUGGUGCUGUUGGUGAUGGUGCGUUGGUAGCUGGGCAAUGACGCAGGGCUAAGUGCUAGGGGUGCCACUGGGUGCCACUGAGUGCCACUGGGUGCUGGGGUGAAUGUGCAGCUACAGGCAGUGGUGGUGAUGGUAGUUUUGUCAGGUAGCUUCUGUUGGUUUCAGUAUGCGCUGUUGUGAGGCAAAUUGGCUGGGAAAGUAAGCAGCACUGCAGGAUGGACAAAGCAAGCUGUGCCACAGGAACCAGGUACUAAUUUUCAGGCUAUGACUUUUUGUUACCGUGACAUGGGAUUUUUGCUGGUGGUACUUGGAUGCGGGAGGCGUUUGGGCGUAAAGCAUCGUUAGGUUUGUUAACAAUCUUGGUGUUCUGCGGCUGCAAUCAGGGAUUCUCAGGUCGAGGAAACUAAAAACGCGGAUCGUUU